CUCUGUCGAUUCGUCGCGGGAAGAGAAGGAAGCAUUCAACUCGAAGCAGGACGGAGCUCCGUCUUCUUACGUGGCUGCAUUAGUUUAAAGUUAUUGUCGCGAGUGCACGAGUAUGUUAACUUGGCUGCGUGCCCAAGAAGUGACUGUAAACUUCACGACAGCUGCCACUGAGGAUUAUUAAAAAGAGCUUCACGGCGACUUCAUCCGCACCAUGGGCUGCAACAAGGUGAUGUGGGGGGUGAUAGGGGCGGCUGUCGUCAUCACGUUAAUAACCAUCCCAGCAGUUUAUUACAGCAAAUCUGGUGGUAACAAAAGGCCUUUCACCCUUGACGACUACUUUAAUGACACUGUUAGAUGGAGAUCCUACAAUUUGUAUUGGAUAUCAGAUAAGGAGUAUUUGCAUAAAGCAAGAGAUGGGAAUCUCUUUCUCCACAAUGCUGAAACAAUGGAGGAGUCGCUGUAUUUGAGCAAUUCAACCUUUGCCCAAGUGGAUGCCACAGAUUACUUGCUGUCAAAUGAUCAUAAAUACAUAGCCUUUGAAAGCAAUUACACAAAGAAAUGGAGGCAUUCAUUCACGGCCUCAUAUUCCAUCUAUGACAGGGAGAGCUCAACUUUUGUUACGCCUGCAAAUCUUCCACACGUGCAGUAUUUUACCUGGGCACCAACAGGAAACAAAUAUGCCUAUGUUUUAGACUUCAACAUUUUUUUCAAAUCCCGCGUCACUGCUGAUGAAACUGUGCAACUGACACGCAAUGGGAAAAAGAAUGAGAUCCUCAAUGGUGUCCCUGACUGGGUGUAUGAGGAGGAGGUGUUUGCAUCAAAUGGGGCAAUAUGGUGGUCCUCAACCGGAAAGUUCUUGGCAUAUGCGGAGUUUAAUGAUACAGAAGUUCACAAAGUUGAGUACUCUUGGUAUGGAUCCGAUCAAUAUCCUCAAACAGUAGCCGUUCCAUACCCAAAGGCUGGAUCAGCCCUUACCAAGGUGAAACUUUUUGUGGUUGAUACCACAAACCCAUCACAGCCCACACAGGUGUUUGCCCCCACUUCUGUUUCUUCUGGUGAUCACAUUUUGGGCUCAGUGACCUGGGUUUCGGAUGAACGCAUCGCUGUGCAGUGGCUCACAAGAAGACAGAAUUAUGUGGUUGUACAGAUUUAUGACUUUGAUGGAAGUCGCUGGAAAGAAAAACAGAAAUUUGAACAAACAAGCAAGACUGGCUGGGUCGGCCAUUAUGUCCCCUUGCCUCUUUUCUUUGCUGAAGACAAGCUUAGUUUCUACAAAGUGAUGAGUGACACUAAUGGUUAUAAACACAUUCAUUAUGUGAAAGAUGGUAAAGCAACACCUGUUACCUCUGGGAAGUGGGAAGUUAUCUACAUAAGCAAAUUAACCAAAGAUGCCAUAUAUUUUGUGAGUAAUGAGGAUGGAGGAAUACCUGUAAAGAGAAAUCUCUACAAGGUUAUGAUUGGAAACAGCCCUUCUGCCCCCCGAUGUCUCACCUGCAACCUGUAUAAGGACAGGUGUCAGUACAACUCAGGUUACUUCAGCUUUGACGCCUCUUACUACCGAAUGGACUGCUAUGGACCUGGAUUCCCCCUCUACACACUUAUGGACAGCAAGGGCUCAGAGCUCUCCAUUCUUCAAGACAACAAGGAGCUGGAAAGUAUUCUUUCUGAAUUCCAAAUGCCAACCAUGACAUAUGGCACCUUAAAGAUUGGAGGAUUUGAUCUUUGGUAUGAAAUGAUGUUACCGCCCAAUUUCAAGAAGUCUAAAAAAUAUCCCCUUCUUAUUGAUGUUUACGCCGGCCCGUGCAGUCAGAGUGUGAACUAUCGCUUCAAGCUGAACUGGGGCACGUACCUCUCCAGUUCACAUGGGAUCAUCAUUGCCAGCUUUGACGGAAGGGGAAGUGGUUACCAAGGGGAUGAAAUAAUGCACUCAAUCUAUAGACGCCUAGGGACAUUUGAAGUGGAAGAUCAGAUAACAGCAGUGAGGAAAUUCAUUGACAUGGGCUUUGUUGACAAAGACAGAAUAGCGAUAUGGGGCUGGUCAUAUGGUGGUUAUGUAACCUCAAUGGCCUUGGGUGCCGGAACUGGACUCUUCAAGUGUGGAAUUGCAGUGGCACCAGUAGCCAAGUGGGAAUAUUAUGAUGCAGUUUACACUGAACGCUACAUGGGCAAGCCGACGGAGAAUUCAGACUCCUACAAAAACUCCACAGUGACAUCCAGAGCAAAGAACUUCAAAACUGUUGACUAUCUGUUGGUCCACGGCACAGCGGAUGACAAUGUCCAUUUCCAGCAGGCUGCACAGAUCUCCAGAGCUCUGGUGGAUGAGCAAGUGGACUUCGAGGUGAUGUGGUACACUGACAAGGACCAUAGUCUCAGCGGAUCAGCCUUCCAUCAUAUAUACACGCUCAUGAGUCACUUCCUGCAGAAAUGCCUCCUUAGUCCCAAAUAGAUGUGCUGUUACCAAAGUUUCUUUUUCUAAUAAAUUUUUUAAUGUGCAGUUUUUUUUAUUUUUUUAUUUUACUGAUAUUCUGGAAGUCAGGUGGACUUUUUAUGUGCAACAAAUAUUGGAUUGCUCAUGAAAACAAGAAUUUGUAUUUUAUGUGGAAUUUUGCCAAAAUAUGUGAUCUGCAAAGACACAAGUCUUAGCAUGCAUUUAUAGAUAAAAAGAUUU